AUGGCUCCGCCCGAAUAUGUCUUCCCGGUCUCGGACCUCGACCACAAAGUCCACGGCCACACCGUCAACUAUAAAGAGAAAUCACGCAAAUUGCCCCAGGACUUCGAUCUGAAGCGGGACUGCGAAUUGAUGGAGCUCGUCCAGUACAGCUGCACGACGCCAAACCAGCAAAUCGAGAGGGCGCUGGCGAGUGGCAGUCACACGCCCAGGAUGGAGUGUUUCCCGAUCGUGAGGCUAUUUCGCAAAUGCGUCAAAGGGGGAAAGGUCUUCCACGUCGAGACAACGGCCUGGGAAGGUCCACUGGCUUGGAAGCCGCCGGCGCAGGAUGAUUAG